CAUCCCUAUUUUUCUCUUCUUUCAGGUUGCUGCUUAAGUGACUUUGGAAUGAUGUUCCAACAGAAAUUCCGGACCCGCUUCGUUCGAAAAAGUUCUGACGCUUCUUUUUUUAUUUUUUCUCAAAUUAUAUUUUCUGGAGUUAGAAGAAAUUUCAAUAAAACCCACUUUCAACAUCUUUUAAAAAGCAAAGCGCAAUGGGUUCUCCCAGAUCGUACUCUAGAUCACCUUCUCCUCGCUCUCGCUCACGUUCAAAAGGACGCUCGCGUUCACCCUCACCAAAAUCUGCGAAACGACGUGGCUCAGCACGAUCCAUGAGUCCAAAGCACUUACACUCGAUUUUGGUCACCAACUUGACGCGCAAUGUUACGGAGGCACAUGUGCGAGAAAUCUUCUGUCAGUUUGGAACCAUCACUGAUUUAGAGUUUCCUAUGAACAAGUUUUUAAACACCAAUAAAGCUAAAGCAUAUAUUGAUUUCGCAACACAAGAAGAAGCAGAUAAAGCUAUCAGUUAUAUGGAUAAUGCCCAAUUGGACGGUAAGAGAUUAUCAUGUGUAAUGGCACCCAAACACCGCGAGCGUACACCUUCUCCAAGAAGAGCUCGUUAUUCCCCUUCACCGUAUAGACGUCCUAGCGCGCGUAGCCCUCCUCGACCUCCAAUGGCACGACGUGGCAGUCGUUACGGUGGCGGCGGUGGUGGUGGUGGCAUGAGAGACAGAAGGGGCAGACGCUAUUCUCGUUCUCCAUCACGAUCACCCGUAAGACGUGGAAGACGUUAUUCUUAUUCCCGAUCCAGAUCUCCUAGCCGUAGCUAUUCAAGAGGCAGAAAGAGAUCCUAUUCUCGCGGCAGACGUAGCUAUUCUCGCGGUCGAAGUUACUCGAGAAGCCGCAGCUACUCCCGCGGACGCAGUUAUUCACGCAGCAGAAGUUAUUCGAGAAGCUUGACGCCCAGCAGAAGUCGCAGUCGAUCACCACUCAGCCGCAGUCGAUCUCCUAGAAGAAGCCGAACACCGUUGAGACGCAGUCGCUCCCCCAGAAGAAGAAGCAGAUCCAUCCGACGAAGCAGAUCUCGCUCCUAUAGCCGAUCCCUCUCCCGACGCAGAAGUGGAAGUAGCAGACGCUAAGAGAAUUGCUUAUAACCCAGCCUCACAGAUUCAAAACUUACACCACACGCAACAAUAUAAGUGAAAAGCCAAACUAGCUUAUAUCAAUCACACUAACAGAAGGAUAAUCAUAUCCAUAUGGAAUAAACAAAACGAGAAAAAAAAAAUAAAAUAAAUAUAUACUAUAUAUAUCGUCGGAUCUUUCACUAUUGUGAACUGACUGUUGUGAUGAAUGAUGAUGAAAUAGACGGGUACACAGUGGUAGUGAUAGUCAUGCUCACGGCUGCCCUUAUACAACAGAGUACAAUCAUUGGAGUGUAUGGAUAAAUGAAGUACUGGGCCCAAAAACUAAAAUACGA